AUGCCUCCAUUCCUACCCCGGAAACGGGGACUGUCCGAAGAGCCAUUCCCCAACAAGCGUCCUGCGCUUGAACUCGCAGAUCUAGGACCAUCAACAAGAGAAUAUGCGAACGAAAUCGCAGCGGGAUUGUCUGAUAACGACUCUGAAUCACCCUUGACCUCGUUAGCUUCCACAGAUACGGAUGAAGGGAACCAAGGACAUAAAACAGACGAUGAUGAUGAUGAUGAUGAUGAUGAUGAUGAUGAUGAUGAUGAUGAAGAGAACUGGGAAGAUGCGCUGCAGGCGACCUCAGCGUCAACUCCCGUUACACCGAAAAGCUCUACAGCGCCGCAAGACCUCGAGCUUACACUGGAAAAGAAUCACACCACACUUACAGACCCCGUAGCUCCGGGCAAGAAAGGCCCCAGCAAGAUUGAACGGGAGAUACGCAUCCAAACACAUUGCAUGCACGUGCAGUUCCUCCUAUUCCACAAUGCCAUCCGUAACUGGUGGAUCAAUGACACAGAACUCCAUCAGAUUCUGCGAGACCAGUUACCACCCGCUAUCAAGAAGGAAAUCGAGAAAUGGGAGAUUGCCGCUGGCCGGAAACAACCUGAGCCCCCGCCCAAUAUCGGAAAAGGGAAAGGGAAGGAUAAGAAGAAAAGUAACAAACGGCAACGAGACUGGGGGGAAGAGGCUUCUCGUCUAGAGCCCGGCCAGCCAGAUUUGAGCGGGGGAGAUCCCACAAUCCAGCUUCUGAGGGUUCUUGCCGCGUACUGGAGGAAGCGUUUCAAAACUACAGCUCCUGGGCUACGGAAAAUGGGGUAUCGACCUAUCGCGACGCUUCAGGAGGAAAUCCGCUCUUUCCACAAAGGUGACCAUGAUAAAUAUGACCAUGGUGAGCGGAUUGGGAAUCUAGAUGAGUUUCGCGACAUGGCAUGUCGCUCUGAAGGCUCGCGGGACGUAGGUGCGCAGCUGUUUACUGCUUUGCUAAGGGCGCUGAAUAUUGAAGCAAGGAUGGUCGCCAGUCUACAACCUCUCGGAUUUGGAUGGACGAAAGUGGAAAACUAUCGCGUAAAGGAACAGGAGGCGGCAAUGGCGACGGCGACGGCGACGGGGGUUGCUGCAGAAGUGCUACUAACCGCCAGUGAAGGAAGUAGUGAUGCCGACGCCCCGUCGCCCAAAUCUAGUAUGCGGCGAUUAAAGAAGAAAGAUAAUCUAGUUACAGGCAAGAGAUUUGACAGCGAUCUUCCCUUCCCAAUAUAUUGGACUGAGGCGGUUUCACCAGUCACACAUGAAAUAAUUCCAGUUGAGGCUCUAAUUUUACCGAGCACCAAUGCUGUCGCGACAACGCCUGAGCUUUUAUCCUCAUUUGAACCGCGCGGCAUUAAAGCUGAAAAGGCGAAGCAAGUAAUUGCAUAUGUGGUCGCAUACUCACCAGACGCAACCGCCAAAGAUGUCACUACCAGAUAUCUCAAGCGGCAUACCUGGCCGGGGAAGACCAAGGGUUUCCGCAUGCCUGUUGAGAAGAUCCCCAUGCAUGGCGGUAGAGGGCCCGCGCGAUAUUUCUUCUACGAUUGGUUCAAAGGUGCAAUGAGGGGAUACGUACGGCCAGAGGACAAGCGAACUAUCGUUGACGAGAAGGAGGAUGCGAAGGAUCUCAUUCCGAACCAGCCUGAGAAAAAGAUUCAAAAGAAGGAAGGAGAUACAUUACAGAGCCUACGGAGUUCUACGGAGUUUGUCCUUGAGCGGUUUCUACGUCGUGAGGAGGCUAUACGGCCCGGCGCACGGCAUGUCCGAACUUUUACCUCGGGCAAGGGAGACAAGAUGAAAGAGGAAAAAGUUUAUAAGAGGUCAGACGUUGAGAAGUGUCUUUCCGCGGAAAGCUGGCACAAGGAAGGUCGGCAGAUUAAGGUCGGAGAAGCCCCAUUGAAGCUUGUCCCAAUACGCGCAGUAACAAUAACGCGGCAACGUGAAGUUGAGGAGGCAGAACGGGAGAGCGGUGAGAAGCAAAAACAGGGCUUAUACGCCCUUUAUCAGACAGAAUACAUCAUUCCCCCACAAAUUAAGGACGGGAAGAUCCCGAAAAAUGCCUACGGGAACAUCGACUGCUUCGUCCCUUCUAUGAUCCCAAAAGGCGCGACACACAUCCCCUGGCGCGGGACGGUGCGGAUCUGCAAGAAGCUAGGCGUCGAUUACGCGGAGGCGGUUACUGGGUUUGAGUUCGGGAGUAAAAUGGCCGUGCCCGUCAUUGAAGGGGUGGUUGUGGCAUCUGAGAACGCGGGCCUUGUCAAGGAUGCCUGGCGCGCAGAGGAUGCUGAACGGCGUAAAAGGGAAAAACUGAAGCAUGAUAAACUUAUUCUUUCGACGUGGAGGAAGUUCAUUAUGGGGCUGCGGAUUGCUGAGCGCAUUCAGGCGGAAUAUGGGAGUGGUGGUGAUGGGGAGGAGCAGAAUCCGUUUGCCAAUGGUAACGGGCGAUUCGAUCGCAAUAUUCCUCCUGUCGAUACUGGCUUUGAAUGGGAAGACAGAAGGAGGGAACCUGUUGAUGAGGGCGGUGGGUUUUUAUUGCCUGGUGAGGAUGGUGAGCUGGCGCAUGACGGGGACAUAGUUGAUGAGAGGGAAGAAGAAUCUACGUCGCGGAUAGCAAGUGAUAUCGGAGAUGCAGAUUGUGGCGGAAGCGACAUCGAUCCAACAUCUGAGUUGAGUGAUGCUGUAUCUGUUAUCUCUGUUCGUUCAACGCCCUGA